GGGCCUGGUCCCGCCAGCACCAUGGCCAAGACUGUGGCCUAUUUCUACGACCCUGAUGUGGGCAACUUCCACUACGGGGCAGGGAACCCUAUGAAGCCCCAUCGCUUGGCAUUGACCCACAGUCUGGUCCUGCACUACGGUCUCUAUAAGAAAAUGAUCGUCUUCAAGCCAUACCAGGCCUCCCAGCAUGGCAUGUGCCGCUUUCAUUCUGAGGACUACAUCGACUUCUUGCAGAGAGUCAGCCCCACCAAUAUGCAAGGCUUCACCAAGAGCCUUAAUGCCUUCAACGUGGGCGAUGACUGCCCAGUGUUUCCCGGGCUCUUCGAGUUCUGUUCUCGUUACACAGGCGCAUCUCUGCAAGGAGCAACCCAGCUGAACAACAAGAUCUGUGAUAUUGCCAUUAACUGGGCUGGUGGUCUCCACCAUGCCAAGAAGUUUGAGGCCUCUGGCUUCUGCUAUGUCAAUGACAUUGUGACUGGCAUCUUGGAGCUGCUCAAGUACCACCCUCGGGUGCUCUACAUUGAUAUCGACAUCCACCAUGGUGAUGGAGUUCAGGAAGCGUUCUACCUCACUGACCGGGUCAUGACAGUUUCUUUCCACAAAUACGGAAACUACUUCUUUCUUGGCACAGGUGAUAUGUAUGAAGUUGGAGCAGAGAGUGGCCGUUACUACUGUCUCAAUGUGCCCUUGGGGGAUGGCAUUGAUGACCAGAGUUACAAGCGCCUUUUCCAGCCAGUUAUCAACCAGGUGGUGGACUUCUACCAACCCACGUGCAUUGUGCUCCAGUGUGGAGUGGACUCUCUGGGCUGUGACUGUUUGGGCUGCUUCAACCUCAGCAUUCGAGGACAUGGGGAAUGUGUCGAAUAUGUCAAGAGCUUCAAUAUCCCUCUACUGGUGCUAGGUGGUGGUGGCUAUACUGUGCGAAAUGUUGCCCGCUGCUGGACAUAUGAAACAUCACUGCUGGUAGAAGAGGCCAUUAGUGAGGAGCUUCCCUAUAGUGAAUACUUCGAGUACUUUGUCCCAGACUUCACGCUCCAUCCAGAUGUCAGCACCCGCAUCGAGAAUCAGAACUCACACCAGUAUUUGGACCAGAUCCUCCAGACAAUCUUUGAAAACCUGAAGAUGCUGAACCAUGCACCCAGCGUCCAAAUUCAUGAUGCGCCUGCAGACCUCCUGACCUAUGACAGGACUGAUGAGGCUGAUGCAGAGGAGAGGGGUCCUGAAGAGAAUUACAGCAGGCCAGAGGCACCCAAUGAGUUCUAUGAUGGAAACCAUGACAACGAUAAGGAAAGUGACGUGGAGAUUUAAGAGCAGCUGGGCUUGCUGUGUCCCAAGGAACUCCUUUUUACUUCUUGUUUGGGCAGGAGGGAAAAGGUGUGGCACCUCCAGCCCUGGAUGGUCACCUUCUGGGCUUUUACUGGCGCCAGAAAACGGUUUGGAGACCACAUCUGGUUUUUGAACCAACUAUCCCCUUUCCUCUUCUUUGCAAGGCCUGACGAUGGUACUAUCGGGGACUGGAUGGGGACAAGGAU